CAUCUCAGAAAGCCCACAAGAUACAAUAUAUAUGUACAUGCCUUCAUCAUCAUCAGCUUCCAACUACUCAAGCCCGCCAUGCGCGGCCUGCAAGCUACUGAGGCGAAAAUGCACCCUAGAGUGCAUUUUCGCCUCGUACUUUCCCCCCGAGGAGCCCCAGAAGUUCGCCAACGUCCACAAGAUUUUCGGCGCUAGCAACGUCGGAAAACUCCUGAACGACAUCCCACCUCACCAGAGGCAGGAUGCCGUCAACUCCCUCGCUUACGAGGCGGAGGCGCGGGCCCGGGAUCCGGUCUACGGGUGCGUGGGGGCCAUCUCGAUGCUCCAGCGACAAGUGCUCCUCCUCCAGAAAGAGCUCGACGAAGCCAAUGCCGACAUCAUGCGGUACACCACUGCCGCCGGCGGCCGGGCCCACCUGCCGCCCGCCGGAAUAAUGGGAGUUCUCAACCAACAGAAUGCUGCCGCGCCACCGCCGGCUUUUGAUCACCGCCGGGAUAGGGGGUCUCACGUCGGCGGCGUUCAGGACGUGAAUAAUAACCGUCAAACUUAUGGGAUGCCUUCAUUUCCGGCCGUUGACCACUCGUUGUCUUCGUUCGAUCACUCCGAGAGUUGGCUUCCUAUCACACAGUCCAAGGUGAAGCUCAAAAAAAUAUGGACCCACCAGCUCCAAGUCCACCCGACGAUCGGUGGCGGGUACGAUGCCGCCGACCGCAUGAAGGGCGGUUCCCUCCUCCCCCAAAACCAGCACAGGGAGGGUCCCACCGCCACGCAGGUUCUGAUGAUCGUCACCCUGUUGCCGGUCGUCGGGACCCUCUUGGGACUCGCAGGGAUCACGCUAGCCGGGACCCUGCUAGGACUCAUGGCCGUCACGCCGCUCUUCCUCCUCUUCAGCCCCGUGAUCGUCCCGGCGGCCGCCGCCAUCGGGCUGGCGGUCGCCGGAUUCCUCACGUCGGGGGCACUCGGGCUGUCGGGCCUCUCAUCAUUGUCUUGGCUCAUGGAGUACCUCCGACACGGGAGGUCCAUGCCGGAACAAAUGGAGUACGCGAAGCAGAGGGUGCAGGAUGCGGUGGUGCAGAUCGGCCAGAAGACGAAGGACGUCGGCCAGACGAUCCAAAACACCGCUCAGGAGACGGGGAAAGACCAGAGUGCGGCGACCAGGACUUAAUGAGUUAGUUGAAGGAAGCUAGUUAAGUACUAAGCUG